AACCUAAUUAUAUUUUAUUCAUUUUUAAGCGUAAUUCUCUCAAAUAACUAUUUUUAAGUUUUUAUCACAAAAUAGCUCUAAAAAAAUAAAAUGACUAAAAUAGUCUUUUUUGUUUUGAAAAUUUUAAUUUUAAAUUUUAAUUUUUUGAAAUUUGAAACUCAUCCCCAAAACUCACCCCUUAACUCUAAACCCUAAGUCAAAAUUAGUUAACCUAAAGGGGUAUAAAUGCAUAUUUUACCUUUUAAUAAAACUUCUUUUGGGCAUUUUUCUCCUUGAUAGACUAUUUUUGUGAAAAUAAACUAAUUAAUCUGUGUGAAAAAUAUCAAAUUAACAUUUAUUUAGAAAUUAAACGGAAAAAGUAUAUUCUAUAAAAAACAUAUUUAUCUUUACGAUCGCACACAAUGUUCUAAUAUACUUCUUCAAUAUUUGAAGAAGAUUUUUUUAAUUUAUUUAUAUAUAUUAAGUUUUUAAUAUUUAACUUUCAUCUACUAAUUUUUAAUUUUAAUUUCAAUUUUAAUAGAAUUUUAUUUCAAUUAAUUUUAAAUUUUUAUUUCAAUUUUAAAAGAAUUUCACCAUUUACCUUUAUAAAGCAAAAUACAUGAGUUUAUAUUUAAAAUUAAUCUUUCAAAUAUAACAACAAAUUAUAAGACACCAUUUUUUAUUUAAAUACGGAGAGAGAGUGUAUAUCAAUGUAUUGCAAAAAUUAGGGCGGUCAAUAAAUGGAAGCGGUAAUUACGGGGUAUCAUGAACUGGCCUCUUAUAUAAAAUUUAAAGUCAUUUAAAGUGGUCGGUGAAAUUAAACCGUUAAUGACGGUUAGAAAAGAACAAUAAACAAUUAUACAAACGCCGUUUGUUAUCAAAAACCUCUUUGCAACCCUUUUUUAAUACCACUUUAGCGCUAGAGAGAGAGCAAUUAUAAAGAAGACACAUGGCAGUAUAAAGUGAUCAUCAGCUUUUGGCAGUAUAUCAUUAGCUUUUAAUUAAGGAAUUAAUUAUCUAUUGCUUUAAACCAUAUUCUCAGUUCCACAAAUAACGCGCACAAUCCCAAUCGAUAUCAAAUCUUCAAUUCUAAAUACAUGAAUAGAAAACUGAAGUUCCAUAUCAUUGUCACAAAGGCAUUUUUAACAAUCAAAAGCAAUCAAAAGCGACAAAUACGAAAUAUAUUAUAAUUAUCGUUAUUUUGUUUCGCCGUCACAUGACAACCACGAAAAUGAAUUUAAACGCGUUUGCUGUUACACAACACGAAUGAAUUUAAACGCGUUCUUUUAGAAUCUAAAGAGGAAAUUAAUGGAUACAAAAUGAAAAAAACAGCAGAAUUAACAAUUAAUCAAAUUCAUUAUAAUAAUAAGUAUUAUCCACUUCAGAUGUAGUCAGAAUCAAAGACAAAUGCAUCCAUGAUCCAACUCGGCGGAUUGAAAAAGGUUUAAUGUGUUUAGUUUUUGAUUCAAUAAGUUUUUGGAUAAUUACGCCAUAAUAAAAACACGAAAUCAUUUGGACAAAACAUUUUAUAUGAUGGGCCAGGCUAAAUCGAGAUAAGGCCUUGACUCACUACACUCUCUCAGAGAUUUCUCAUAACAAUGGCUCAAAGUAACCACUGCUGAUCAAGCUGUAGCCAGUAUACUAUUUACAGCCACGGAUAUAAAUCACAGGAAAAUGUAUGGUUUGAAGACAAACAUGUAUGAAAUAUAUGGAAUUGACUUUUAGACUUUAGUCAAUAUUCAAAAUGUUAGCAUUUCCUAAGAAAGUAUCCUUAUUUUAAGAUGUAUCUCCGGAGUAAUAUGGAAUCAAGGGAAAAAAGAUUUGGCAACUCUAAAUACCUUACAAUUUACGAUGUAUCUACGAGUAAUUAUUCUUUUUUUUAAAGGAAAUGAAUCGGCACUAUUAUGUCAAGUGUUUCAGAAAAAAAAGAAGAGAAUUGAGGAAAUGAAUCUGAAUAUACCAUUUGCCAGAAAUAUUUAAUCCAUGCAUAAGGUAAGUCGAAAACAAAAUAUACGAAUGUGUUUUGCUAUGCCCAUCUUACACUAUAUAUAUAUCUCACAUAUCUCACAAGUCGCAAUAUAUCAUUACGAAUGGGUUUUGCUAGAUCAGCUUGCAUGACAAUCCUCUUUCUUUUGAUAAUAUUCUUUCUUUCGCCGUCUUCGGCCGUGGACAUUCCCGUCGUAUCCCACAGUGGUCGCCGGAGCAACGUCGAGGUUGGGUUCAUCUUCCAAACGUGGUUGUCCACUCACGGGAAGAGUUAUGUCAAUGCUCUCGGAGAGAGGCAACGGCGUUUUGAGAUCUUUAAGGACAAUCUUCGUUUUGUCGACCAACACAACGCUAAGAACCUCAGUUACCAGCUAGGUUUGACUCGGUUUGCUGACCUAACCGUUGAAGAGUACGGAGGUCUUUUGUCUGGACGCCAUGAUAACGAACCGAUACAAAGGGCUCGCAGAGUCAGUCAUAGGUACGUGUCACUUCCCGGAGAUCAGCUCCCAGAGUCCGUUGACUGGAGAAAAGAAGGUGCAGUGACGGCGGUUAAAGACCAAGGCUCUUGCAGUAGCUGCUGGGCAUUCUCCUCAGUAGCAGCUGUGGAGGGAAUAAACAAGAUCGUGACAGGAGAGUUAAUCUCACUCUCCGAGCAACAAUUGGUUGAUUGCAACACCGGUAAUUACGGUUGUGAUGGAAGAGGCUAUAUGGACAUAUCUUUUAAGUUCCUUAUCAAUAACAAUAUUGGUCUUGUUUCCCAAAUUGAUUAUCCAUACAAGGCCGUUCAAGGCAACUGUAACCACAACGAGAAGAGUGCAAACAAGGUCGUUAAAAUUGACGGCUACGAGGAUUUGCCAGUGAAUGAUGAGAUGUCUUUAAAGAAAGCGGUUGCUCACCAGCCCGUGAGUGUUGGCAUUGACAAAAAAUCCCGAGAAUUCAUGCUCUAUAAAUCGGGUGUAUAUAAUGGACCUUGCGGGACACAGCUUGACCAUGCGGUUGUUAUCGUGGGGUACGGUAGUGAGAACGGUCAAGACUAUUGGAUCGUGAAGAACUCAUGGGGAACGAUAUGGGGAGAAGCUGGCUUCGGUAAGAUGGCUCGUAACAUUCAAGAUCCAGCAGGUAUAUGUGGAAUCACGCUGGUUGCUUCAUAUCCUAUCAAGAAGUAGACUUCGAAUGCAUGAGGGCAAGAAUCUAUAAUGGCACUUCUAAAGGGAACUGUAAUGAGUGUCUGGACUUUGUAGGUUUUUUAGCCAUGUGUUCUUCUACAGAUUAUGUUUUAA